UCUGUAAUACAAAAGUUAAAGUAAAGUAUGAGUAAAACUGAAUCACAGAAAGUGACAACUGUUCCCCCCCCCCAAGCAAACAGUGGAAAAAUCCAGUUUAAGAAGUAAGGUAAAAGAUGUUUUUACAGAUUGUCUGUAAUUUUCUGAUUUUGGAUCCUUAACAGGUUUUUACAGUCGAUAUCUUUUAGAUAAAAUCAUUUUCUUCUGAAGCCAAGGAGCAAACAGGAAGCCCAAGAAAUGAACAACAAUAUAGUUGAGAAAAUAAGUAUUAAACAUCUCAAAACUUUUUUCAUUUAAUAUGUUUUUAAUGUGGCUAGUAACAGGAACGCCAAACAAAUGUUGACAACAAUGCAAGUAAUCUUGCACUCAUCCACAAUAACCUUCUUGUCUGUUUACUGUGCAAAACUCCACUGCUGAAGAAAAAGCCAUUCAAUGAGUUAAAUUCAAACCUGUGCAAUUCAUGUGAUCUGUGCAAUUCCACUUUUUUUUACAUUACUUGUGUAUUAAUUUCUUUUGCUUUCUUUGUAGGUGUGGAUUACUUGAGUUGUUACUGAUAUCUGGUUUAUAUUUCAUGUCACUAAGUUUUUUUUUUUCAUAAAAAUUUGAACAUAAGGAUCAAAACUAUUCUAUAUGAAUGAGGAUUGUGUUCAAGUUACUGCAACUCAUCUCUUGAAGAAAACAAGUAUCCUUGGGAUGAAAAAAAAUAUGAAGGAUUCCAUUCCUUUGGGAAUAUUUUUUGUUCACAAUUUAACCCUUAGUAGAAACCUAGAAGAGAUUUGAAUGAUUUUGACCCUGUAAAAGUGUCCAGAGGAGAUGACAAGCUUCAAAAAGAGAGCAAAAGAAGAAGUUACAGGAUGCCAGCUUUUUUCCCUGCAUUUCAGGAGGCUGUCCCUAAAUUGUUGAGCGCAUAAGAGGCUCCCUGUGUGCGACCCUCUCAGCAUUCAAGGCCAGAGUGUGAGGGGAUUGGACUAUUGUGAGCCUCUCUGUGUGUUGUCUACAGAGAGGGGGAGCGCGAAGGAAGAGAAAAGAGAGCAGCAGUAGCUUUCAACUCAAGUUAUUUGCUGAAGCUUGAAUUCAGAGGUGCACUUUAAACUUAUGAAAACAUUUCUAUCCACAGCUGCGUCCCAGCUCUCCAGAGCUACUCUUAUCUCUUCGACCCCACUGUCUUAUCCGCCGCGCACCCCCUCUGCCGACUGUCGGCCUGACCUGCUUCCCAGGGAACUCGACGGGGCAAGAAGAGGCUGCAGAGCAUUCAUCAAGUGGUGGAACAGUAAGAGGUAGCCAGAGCCACCAUGGCCUUGUCCCAGGAGAGAAGUGCGUGUCUGGGGCUGGUGGUGCUCCUUUUGCUUGGUGCAGGCAUGGAGGACGUUGUGGAGGGAUGCAGUUGCCACCCAUCACAUCCACAGCAGCUCUUCUGCAGCGCUGAGAUUGUGAUAAGGGCAAAGAUCUCUGGAGAGAAGAUUGUGUCGCCUAGCAACAGCUCCUCACCUUACAUGAAGAUGAUCCAGUACGAAAUCAAAAUGAUCAAGAUGUUCAAAGGUUUUGACCGAGCCAAGGACAUCCAGUAUGUGUACACUCCUGUCUACUCUUCACUCUGUGGAGUCAAACUGGACUCCAAUAACAAAGCAGGCUAUCUGCUCUCAGGAAGCAUGUGGAGCGAUGGACGGAUUUCUAUUGGCCAGUGUGACCUGGUGGAGUCGUGGGACAACUUAUCGCUGUCACAAAAAAAGAACCUUAACUACAGAUACCAGAUGGGCUGUGAAUGCAGAAUCAACACGUGCUACACGGUGCCUUGUGCAUCUACAGGAGAGAACGAGUGCCUGUGGACGGACUGGCUGCUGGAUAACAGUCUGAAUGGGGAGCAGGCUCGGCAGUAUGCCUGCAUCCGACGAUCGGACACAAGCUGUGGCUGGUACCGGGGUGGGCCUCCGCCUGAGAAGGACUUCUUGGACAUGACCGAUCCGUGAUCUGUAACACCGACUUCAAAAAUCCCUUAAGGAAAAUCCAACCCUGCUUUUGGCAUAUUUAGCACGCAUUUGGCUUGCAAAGAAGCAACUAGAAAAAAAAGUGGAAAAUUUGCUGAUUUUUCAAACCCGCUGGAGAAAAAGCUGCCAUUAAGCUACCGGUGGCAAAGUUCAGGCAGUUGAUCCAGCAACAGGAAAAUAAAUAUUUAAAGUGCAGGGUCUUUGAGCAUUUCUCUGACUCAUUUUCAUACAUUCCUCUUCACAUGUUGUUACAGAGUGAGAACAGCAGCAGAAUAUCCACAGCUAAUAUUUCACUUUUGAGUGAAGGUUUUUGCCUCAUUGUAAAUGCACUCCUUUUAAGCCCUAUGAUUAUUUGUGUAAUGUACAAUAGGUGAAAUAGCAAUUUAAGUUCUGAAUUUACAGAAAUGCUAAAGAAAUGUUUAAGAACACUAAAAUAAUAGAAUCCUUUCUUGUAUCAACCUUGCAGAGUCUAAUCACGUGUAUCCUGACUGCAGCAUCCUGAUGUUGAAUUUCUAUCUGAAAUGCUGACACAAAUGAAAAUACACUGAAUAUACUGUGCUUUGUAAAGGUUUUAGGCACUUAAGCUGCAACAAGGGUGCAUAAUAUGCAAUUGCAGAAUAGUUUUAAUUUAUUGGUAUAAUUAAAAGUGAUGUGAAGAAAGAAAAACAAAAAUUGCAGGAGUUUUCUUAAUCUUUGGGGUAAAGCCAUUUUUUAAAUAAUUUUUUGUUUGCAUUUUUGUUUACUUAGUUUAAGAUGGUUCUGUGUAAUGGAUUUAAUGCUGAAAAUGUGGAGUUAUACAUCAUAAAUAAGAACCUAAAGUGCCUAAAACCUUUUCAUUCUGCAGUUUAUGCAAAGAAAAGCAUCCCAAGUUAACCGAUUACUUGUGUUAUUUGUUGUUGUGAUACAGAAAUUAUAUGACAUUUUAUCUCAAAAUUUUGAAACUGUAAAUAUAGUAAUUUUGUUGAAUUAACAUUUUCAUAACUAACCACAUGUUUUCUUUUAGAGUAGUGCUUCUCAUCCUGCUUAGUUUCCUUCGUGAAGCUCUGUCGUUUUUUUUGUUUUGUUUUUUUGUACCAAAAACCUAAUCCAGCGCUUCGGCUACAGCACUGCCACCUGUAGAAGCUAAGCCUUUCCUCUUUAGAGGAAAUGAGAUAACAGGAUAAGGUUUGGUUUUUUAACUCCUUGAAACUGAAGGUGGGUUGCUCACCUAUUUGUUUUAGAAAUCUGCUGAAUCAUUUAAAUGUUGUUCAAUAUAAAGACUUAACAGGGGUCUGACUUGACCCCUGUUUUGAUACAGGAUUGCUUCAUAUAAAUCAUACAGAUUAUAAUGCAUUAAGAUUCAGCUUUGUAGCACAUUGACGGUGCUGUGAACAAAUAAUUUCACCCUUGCUGAUGAAAUCUGCUUUUGCUCUUUUGUCACACCAGUUUCAGAUCAUCAAACAAAUUUUAACAUCAGACUAAGAAGAACCAAGUAGAUUAUAAUGCAAUUUUUAAAUGAUAAUUUCAUUUAUUAGGGACAGAAGCUAGCCAAAAAUUUCUACAUCUGCCCUGUUAUUCUACAAAAUAUUUUCUUAAAGGUCUUGGGUGUAUCAAGGUGAUUGUUAGCAACGUGAGGUGGCCCUUUGUGAUUUUCUUUUUAAUCAGUUCUAUUUUUUUGGAUGUCUUUUUUUGCCCCUUCAUUAUUGUUCAACCAAGAUUGAUGAUCUCAACUGAGGGAGAUGUUCUACUGUCACCUCCUGGAUCAGUUCUCAUUGUGCUCUUGGACUUAAUUUUAGCAAACCAGCCACUCCUGGGAAGAUUUAACUCUAUUCUAAGUAUUUGUGGUUAAUGGCUCCCAGAAGUGAAGAAAUUGUUUUCUAAUCCUUCCCAGGCAAGUCUGGAAAGUCUGUUUCUCAUCUUUUUAUUGGAUUUCUUUUGACUGGGGUACAACGUGUUGCCUUUGGAGAUUAUUAGCCUUUUUCUUGUAGACAGCCACGUUCCAUUUAGGAGAUCUCUUGAUUUUUACAGGUCUGGUUAUGAUCAGGCCUGAGUAUGACUUGUAAAAUUAAAUUUUGACAGUUAAAUAUGGUUUAACACAGGAGUGGUUAUUUUUUCCAGAAAAAUUUGGACAGGAUAGCUCUUUCUCUUAAUACAUGAAACAAUUUAAUAACUACUUUUUGCACUUAGCCAAAAUUUGCUAAAAUUUGUUUGUGAAUCAGAAGCAUUUAAGUUUGACAAUAUUUUUUACUGUCCUGUUCAACUUGGUGAUUCAUGUUGACAUUUAUCUCACGACAGCACUGAAAAGUUUAAACCGAAUGGAAAGUCAACAUUUCAGAUUUGAGACAGUAGUCUAAAUAUAAACUCAUUUACAAACUCGUGCAGUUAUUUCAGUGUCACAAAGCACAAAUUAAUAAUGCACAAUACUAUUGUAUGAUUUAAUGAAGUGUUAAAACAGAUUUCAGUUUGUUUUUUACUUAAAUAAUUGUUGGGUUUGUAUUUAAGUCUUUGUUUCUGUCUACAUAAAGUUUUCUAUCUUCAUGUACCAAAAAAAAAUGUAUAUAAAAUGUCUCAGUGGAACGAUGUA